CCUAACUUGAGGGGGGCAAUUUGAGGCUUUAGCCUAGUUAUUACUACAUUAUUCUGUCAGCUUCACAAUGGAAUGUUGGUACCUGGGUGAGGGAGAAUUGAAGGCACUUGCAACUUCCGCUCAGCUGUGAUGGAGAGGCGCAAAGGCCCCAUUGAUCCUUGUUUCUUAGGUAAACAUUUGGAUGUAGAGGGCUUAGAACGAGGAUAUGCAAACACAGAAAGCUUGAGAUUUGAAGAACCUCAGUUCUUAAUGCCAAGUUUGGAAGACAAAAUGCCUUUUCUUCAAAUGUUACAAAGUGUGGAAUCCCCACCAUUUUUCCCCUUCAAAGGGCCAUGGGAUAUUAACGCUUAUAUCACUGAAACGGACACCCAGAUUCAAGCGCUAGAGCUUGAGAGUUGUGUGACUCAUGACAUAGCUGAUUUACACUCACCAGUCAAAUCUGAAACCAAAGGACUUCAGAACCCACAUUCAGAUUCCUGUCUUGAAGAUGUAAGCCCCGAGUCUAACCAAAGACAAGCCAACUCAAUAGGAUGCUUCUGCAAAGAACAAAACUCAGUCUCCUCGUUUCCAUGGACUUACCCACAAACCAUGCUCAACGAGACCCACUUUUCUAAAUCUUCUCUGGUAGUCCCCAGGGAGCGAAGAAAGCGAAAGCGAACAAGGCCAACGAAGAACAAAGAAGAAGUAGAGAAUCAGCGCAUGACCCACAUUGCCGUCGAACGUAACCGCCGUCGACAAAUGAACGACCACCUCAGCUCUCUCCGCUCUCUCAUGCCCCCCUCCUACGUUCAAAGGGGUGACCAAGCGUCGAUUAUAGGAGGUGCAAUAGACUUCGUGAGGGAACUAGAGCAGCUUCUACAGUCUCUGGAAGCGCAAAAGAGAAUGAGAAAAACAGAAGCAGCAGCGACCUCCAUGGGCAUUUCAUCGAACGGAUUGUUUACGCCGCAGGCAGAGUGUAAUUUCCCAAGGGAUGGCAGCAAUUGCGAAGAGGAAGUGAAGAGAAAAUCAGAGGCCGCGGAGAUAGAGGUGACAGCCACACGAAACCAUGUAAAUUUAAAGAUUCAGUGUGAAAGGAGGACAGGCCAGUUGCUGAGAGCUAUCGUUGCAUUGGAGGAUCUUAGGCUUAUAGUUUUGCGCCUUAACAUCACGUCUUCUGAAACUACAGUUCUUUAUUCAUUCGAUCUUAAGAGAGAAGAUAACUGUAAGCUGGAAUCAGCGGAUGAAAUAGCAGCAACAGUUGAUCAAAUAUUCAGCAUUAUCAACGGCAACUGAUUGGUCAAAUGAUACUAGCAGGCAAGAGAAGCAGUAGCUGACUCUAUAAUUCUGAGUUCCCUUUCACAGGGUAGGUGUUUAAAACAGAGAAGAAAAGCUGGAACUGGGUUUGUGGGGAUGGUAGAUGGGGAACAUAAACACAAGGCUGCUCCAUUAAUUGUCUCCAGAGGCACAAAGCUGAUACGUUUACUGCUCAAGUUUUUAUUUUUUCUUUUUAAGUUUAUUAUCUCUUGCCAGAGAUAGCUGGUAGAUUAGAAUAUGGGUGUGAUUUGGGAUGUUCCAUUGGUGGGGCUGAGAUUGCUUGGUCAAAGAGAGUGGGCCUAUAAUGCUAUGUACAAAAUAUAUAUUAUAUAUAAGGUGUGAAUUUGGGGUA